AUGACCCUGGAAGAAUACGAACCAAAUCGCGAGUUUGUAGGCCGCAAUUUCAAUGCUGGUGAAGUGAUUCAACUUGUUCUCCGGUCCCCCUCAACAGGCCGCUGGCUCCCAUUCGAAUACGUCCAAAUGGUCAUGAUGCACGAACUAGCGCAUUGCCAGCAAAUGAACCACUCCCGCGCUUUCUGGGCGGUAAGAAACCAGUACGCCGCGCAGAUGUACGAGCUCUGGAAGGAAGGAUACACAGGAGAUGGAAUCUGGGGCCGUGGUGCGAGUCUGAUGACAGGGGAGUGGGAGCGGAAUCAAGUACAGGCAGACGAGGCUCUUCCAAAGCAUUUGUGCGGGGGGACAUACCGCUCCAGACGGAGGAAGAGAAAGACCAAGCCUGCCUUGUCGUACAAGGAGCGCAAAGAGCGGAGGAUCUUAAAGAAGUUUGGGAAGAAUGGGAUGGCGCUGGGGGCGGAUGAGGAGACAAAGACGAAGCUGGAGAAAGGGAAGAGGGUGCAGGCAAAACCGAGAGUGGCGAGCAGUGCGCGGGGGCGGGAACUACGAGCUGCUGCAGCGCUGGCGAGGUUUGAGCAGAAAAAGGUGGAGGUGGAGGAGGAGGAGGAGGAGACGGUCAAGGAAGAGACGGGGUCUGGGAGUGAGGGCGAGUAUGACGACGAUGCUAGUGAUGGUGAUGGCGAGGCCGCUGUUGAUGUCGACGGUUCAACGUUGAGGGAUAGCACGGGCAGAGGGAUGGUCAGAGUAUGUCAAGACGAGGAUACCAGUGAUCCUGAUGCCCGGAAUGAACUAGGCCAGCUGGCAGAGGUGUUUAAGCGGGCAAGGAGGGGUGAUGCUGGAGGCAUAAGCUCGCAGACAGUACGGGUGAAGGCGGAACCGGAAAUGGAGGCUCCCUCAUCCUCGUGGUCGACAGGCGCAAAGACAGAGGCCAUUCAGGGUGGUCCACGACUUCACGACAUACCGGUUGCGCCCCCGGCGGCACAAAUUGACAAAGGGCCCUUCAAACAGGAAACCAGCGGUCCUUCGCAGCUAGCAUCGGUACAGAGCAUUUCAGCAUGCUCAACGUGCUCCUUCAUCAACCCUUCAUCAGCACCAACAUGCAACAUGUGUGCCAAUGUUCUCGACCCAACCCACACACCGAAUUCCUGGCGUUGCACCAGCACAGCGUGUACAGACAGCAAAUAUGUCAACUCUGGCGACUGCGGCGUCUGUGGUCUCUGUGGACGAAGACGAAUAUAA